AUGACUCUAACAAAGGCCUUCCCACCGCCUCCCGGGCAGACUGUGCUGGCAGUGACAUUCAGCCUCAUCGCCUUCGCGGCUGCGAUUAUCGGAUUCAGGAUUUACCACCGAUUGAGGGUACAGAAGCAACGACUGGUUGCGAGCGACUAUUUUAUGAUCCUGGCUUUAUGUGGUGCCAUUACAUGCUCUGCUUUCGAUGUUAUCUUUUGGAUGCGCGAUGUCCUCCGACCACGAAUGAGCGUUGGAUUCGAGAAUUACAACCCGGGUGAGGAGCUUGUCGAGUACAUUUACAAGUUGUCUUGGGCUAGUGAAAUCCCCUUCUACGCGACCGUUUAUCUUUCCAAGGCGAUUCUAUUGGCCUUGUACUUCCAAAUCUUUCCCACCUUUAUGGGAAGUCGCCGCAGAGCGCUCUGGGCUACCGUGCUUUACUGCGGCUUGGCUUAUACAGUCACGUUGUGUAUGCAGCUCUUCUCUUGUAUGCCGCUUGAACGACACUGGGUUAUCACCCGACCUCUUACUCCUUGUGACUGGAGAUGGCAGGGCGUCGUCUUCCAGGUCUCAUGGGCGCUGGCCUUCCUGGGCAGUCUUCUCAUUCUUAUUCUACCAUUCAUGGUUAUACACGACCUUGACUUGACCAAGAGAGCCAAGACGUGCUUGUAUCUUGUAUCCUUGAUCGGUCUCCUUGAUAUCGCCAUUUCCCUCAUCCGUUUCCUCAACGUUGAGCUCGGUGACGGAAGCGAAUUCCGAUCCUUCAGCACAAUUGAACUUUGGAGUGCUCUCGACGUCAACAUCGGUCUCAUCACAGCCUGUCUCCCCGCCCUCCGUAUCCUUCUCGGCCGCACCAGAAGACCGGACAACUACACCUUCGACGAAGCCAAGACGGCUCGUUCCUCCCGCGCCAUGGAGCACCGGGAACUUGAAGAAGUUGAGGACUCAACCUACUUGGGUGUCAAGAAUAGUGCUGGCCCCUCACGCUCCAACCGAGCUUCCAUGUACAGCGAUAAUGGCGCUUUGACCCCUAUCAAGAUGCUCGAGCCCAAGCCUGAACCCAGAAGGGAGCGUAAGCCAAAGCCCCCUGGACCUGCUUGGAAGGACUACGAGGAGGAGGAUAGCGAUCUUGAGCUUGAGAACAUCAACGUUGAGGCUCUGAACAGAGACCAGGCCCAGUCGUACUGGUCGGUCCCUUAG